AUGGCCGAUCCCCAACGUGGUGCUCCGCUUCGUGAGGUUAUCACGACACUGCCAAUUUCUGAAAUAAAGCAUCCUCAUGUCAGAAUUAUUGAUUUUGGCGUCGCGUCUUGGAGAGAAAAUCAUCUGUCAGACCUGAUCCAGUCACCGGCUUUAAGAGCACCAGAAGUAACUAUCGGCGCCCCCUGGGAUACCGGUGUUGACAUAUGGAGUCUCGGAUGUCUUAUUGUGGAGUUUAUCCAAGGAAUAGUUCUCUUCUCCGGUGAAGGUUCAGCAAAGGGGACAUGA